AUGGACCCAAUUACACUCCUUAAACACCGUUACGUCCAUAAGUACAUGAAAGAUUUGAUCGAACAGGAUUUCGGUAUUUGGCGUCGAUUGAUUUUAAAAACUUCGGAAAUAACACCCUGGAAGGAACAACUGAUAAAUCUUCGCUAUCCUUACAUAAAAAGAGAAAAUUACAAUCGUUUGACUAGCGAAGAAUAUCGAGAGUUAUUUUUCGAAUUUAUAAAAUUGUCCCGGGCUAAAAAUAUCUUUUGUGUAAAUAAAUUAUCGGUAACUCAUCCACCAAUUCAAAAUGAUCACGAUAUACACUUUGACACAUGUGGAAAUUAUUUCGGGUGUUUUAGUAGAGGAAGUAAUUAUUUAGCUCUCUUUCGUUUGGAUACCGGGGAAAUGUUAAUAGACCCCGUUAAUAUUUUCGAAUACGCGAACGCUUCAAUUGAAAAUCCUCAUAGAAGGUUGCGUGUGCAACAAUUCAUGAUGUGGUGUCCAGAUGAAAAUAGAUUAUUUUGCAUAUUCGUACAUGAAAGAGAGGGCUUAGUGAUAAUAGACGUUAAACAACGACUUCGUAUAAGGACGCCGACCCUUAUUUCUGAAAUGCCAAUUAUGCGUCGGGAUGGAAAUUAUACUUCCUUUAAACUCGUGAAUAAUUCGAGCGGUGAUGAUAUCUACGCACAAAUGCAUAUUCAAGAUUCAUUUCACAUAGUGAGGUUAAGAUGGGCGACAGAAUCUCAAAAUUUAGUCGCCGAACAUGUUUUUUUAAUCGAACCUCCCUUCCUCUAUUUAGGCAUAACACCCAUAAUUAAUGUCAAUAAUUCAACGGUGAGUGUUUAG